CGGUAAAUUGUACCUAGAAAAUAGUGAGAAUCACCGUGAGCAAAGAUUAAAGAUUGGCCAGAAAUUACCACAGAUCAUUUCUCCAAAUGAUCGUUCCUAUCUGGAAUCGAGCACGAUUGCCUCCCCGAGGCUGUUGAUUCGCGGUUCAGACGCGACGCUUCGUCCUUUCCACUUCUAUUCGAGCAGCUGUGAUUACGACGUGUACCAUGGAAAGAGGAUUCGUGAUGAUCUGUCGGCAGUGGAUCACGAAAACACUUGGUCGAAAUCGAAGCGAAUGGCGAUGCCCCCGUGUGGGCGGAGGGGGGAGCCUGAAUAACAGUAAAAAUCCGAGAAAAAGGUGUACGAUCGAGCGAUACGGUGAAAAAAAGAAAAAAAAAAAAAAAAAGACAAAAUAGUCUCCUGCGUCCUUGUUCGGGGAUAAGACCGGUCGAUCGGCCUCCACGAGGCUUAGUACUUGGUGAACCGUCCUCGCGAAGGCCACGUAUCACGGAGGACACCUCCUGCGCGCCUCUUGGAUUUUGAGGGAGGGUAGAAGCGUGAUCUCGGUCAAUGUUCACUGUCACGGCGAUUCAUCUUGACAUGCGUUCUUCUGCUUUCGUCCUCCUCGUUCUUCUCUCCUCCGGUCUAUCAAAGUCAGCCACGAGCUAUGAAACUCCUCGAUCGUCCGACGCAAAACUAUCUUCAGCUGUUCGGCCAACAAACGACUCCACGUACCACGACGAGUCGAACCGAGAUGAUCCCGAGCCGAUAGAAACUUUAUUUAUUCCCGAGGAUCCAAGCGAAUACGAGCGAGUUUUACUUUACGUGCGAAGGUUGUUCCGGCCGGCGGAGGAUCGAGAAGUCCCGGAGGAUCUCGGGAAGCAGGCAAUCGACGAUGAGGAUCGAUUUUCGAGGCUGGGGGACGUUCGAGGGAGCAACUCGGGGCCGUCAGAGAGAGAAGAGGACGAGGAGAAAUAUCUGCAGAGAAAUCCCAAGGGAGGUGUUCCUCCGAGGACAACCACGGAGAGUAAUAGAAAGGACGAGGUGGUUCCGAUGGAAAGAAAGAACUAUGACGCCGGCUACGAUGGUGGUAAAGGCGAACCGGACGAGAAGGACUUGUUGGAGGCGGCUAAUUUUGGGCUCGCUGCCAUGAGGCAUUUGUACAAUAUUAAGGAACCGAUGCUUUACUCAAUGGGCCUUUACCUCGACUCGGACAAUCCUGCGAGGCACCUGGCAGUCUUCAACGACCAAACGGAAGAAGCAAGAACACUGGCGAAGUAUGGCUACGCGGUUCUCCAAGGUGCCACGAUGUUCAGAAGGAAAUUCCCAAAUACUCCGGCGGACUCGCUUCUGUCUCGUCGCAGUCAAAGCAAUCCACUUCGACGUAACUGCCCAAACAGAGGAGUUCCGAACUGUCCAGCGGCUAGUUUGCGAUACAGAACGUCUGACGGAAGUUGCAAUAACUUGCAGCAUCUGUGGUGGGGCUCUGCCAUGUCCGCCAUGCAAAGAUUGUUGCCUCCGGUUUACGACGAUGGCAUUCAAAGUAUCAGGAAAUCGGUCACAGGAAGACCACUUCCCAGCGCUAGACUCGUGAGCACAGUCAUUCACGUGGACAAAGAUAUUCCUUUGGAAUCUGUUACUCACAUGCUGAUGCAGUGGGGGCAGUUUGUCGAUCAUGAUCUGACAGCGACCGGACAAAGCAGAGGAUUUAAUGGCACUGUACCGCAAUGUUGUCUGAAAUUUGGCUCCGACUUCCAGCCGCCGGAAUUCACGCAUCCGGAGUGUUUACCAAUAUCAGUGAGCACGGAGGACAGUUUCUUCGGCCCUUUGGGCGUCAGAUGUUUAGAAUUCGUUCGGAGCGGUUCAGCGCCGAAAGAAAACUGCGAAUUCGGCUCCAGGGAGCAAUUAUCUCAGGUGACGAGUUAUCUGGAUGCAUCGACGGUAUACAGCAGCAACGCAUUUCAGAGCGACGCUCUCCGAUUAUUUCGAAAUGGUUUGUUACAAUACGGAAAGAUUGAAACGCAGAGGCCGGUGCUACCGAAACUGGAUUCCGAUCUCUGUAGACGCGGGUCAUUGUCCACAAACUGCUUCAGAGCUGGAGAUGGCCGGCUCGGCGAGCAACCUGCCCUCACGUCUCUUCACGUAGCUUUUUUGAGGCUCCACAAUAGAAUCGCGACGAAACUUGCCGCGUUGAAUGCUCAUUGGAGCGACGAGAAACUAUUUCAAGAAUCCCGGAGAAUCGUCGCCGCUAUUGUCCAGCACAUCACCUACAGGGAGUUUCUGCCUAUUGUUCUUGGUCAGGAUGUGAUGAAAAUAUUCGGCCUUGAACUUUUGAAGAAAGGCUAUUACGAGGGUUACGAUCCAACAGUGGAUCCAACCAUCGCGAACGGAUUUUCUACGGCUGCCUAUCGCUUUGGUCACUCUUUGGUUCAACAGAGCUUCGUUCGGUUUACCAGCGAUCAUCAACCAAUUUUCAAUAACGUCUCCAUCCACAACGAGUUCACGAAUCCAGCAAACUUGGAAACAGCAGGUUCAGUGGACCGUCUUAUCCUGGGUCUGAUCAACCAGCACGCCCAAAAAAGAGACGAGCACAUAAGCGAAGAACUGACCAACCAUCUUUUCCAAACGCCGUCGUUCCCCUUCGGAAUGGACCUAGCAUCCAUCAACGUUCAACGAGGCAGAGACCACGGGAUUCCACCGUACGUACGAUGGAGGAAACCGUGCGCUCUGUCGCCGAUAAAGGACUUCGACGAUCUAGAGAGAUCCAUGCCGUCGUCCGCGGUAACGAAACUUCGAUCGGUCUACUCGUCGGUCGAAGAUAUCGAUUUGUUUACCGGUGGACUCGCGGAGAAGUCAGUGAGAGGUGGCCUGGUCGGUCCGACGUUUGCCUGCAUAAUUGGACAACAAUUCAGCAACGUACGCCGUGGCGACAGAUUUUGGUACGAGAACUUCCGCCAAGAAGGCAGCUUCACGCCUGGACAGCUCCAACAAAUCAGAAGAGUCACUCUGGCUCAAGUGCUUUGCGCAACAAUGGACAACGUCGAGACUCUUCAGCCGUUUGUGUUCCUCACGCACGACACUCUGAAGAAUCAACGUGUGUCUUGCAACGAUCCCGUCAUCGGCCAGUUGGAUUUACAAUUCUGGGCAGAGAGAUCGCCGGGAUUCAAGAGGAUAGGAAUCUUCGACAAAAUAAAGAAGAACACGUCAACUCCCGUCAAUUCAAGCGCUAACAAUUUGAAUCCUCCAAAAACGAACGUCCACCAGCAAAACAGGAUCGUCGUGAAGAAACCUCUCGGCCCUUCCGACAAUAUAACCAUAAUUGUUCAGAAUAACGCCAUUAAUUCGCCUGUGUUUCUGAACGACGCUAUCCACGGCUCUAGUAUAAUGGUGAAUCCUUCGUUGAACCAACAAACUCAACAGACGGCUGUCCCAACCUUUCCUCCAAUGAGACCUGUAAUAGUAACGCAUCCUUUGGGAGGUGGUCCAAUGUUUAACAAGGAUAUUUAUGUCCCGUAUGCUUUCAGAGAUCCGAACAAUCCUAAUCCUUUGAGCCAAGGAUACAGAUCAGGGUACGACAGCGACGUGGUGUUUGAUAGUUUACCUGGAUCGAGUCCACGGCCAACUUUGUACACUUAUUACACCACAUUCCAAAAGACGACCACUCGAAGGCCUCCUCAAGAUGUGAACGCUUAUAUUGUCAAUUAUAAACCGCAGGGUCACGGAUCUGAUGUGAGUUUGCGGCCUGAUUUACAACAUCAGAGUCAUCAAGCAUCAUUGAAACCUGUUUACGAUUCGUUGGGGAAUAACGACCAAGGAGAUAGAAUAAACAUUUGGCAGAAAGUUCAAUAUCGGCCUGUAGUUUUGAUUAAUCAACAAGCUUCUAGUAACAAGCUCCACUUGCUGGGCUAUAAUUCAGAGAAUUCACAGAAUUACCAGUUAAACACUGAAGACAAAUAUGCUUCUAGUACUCGGCAAGAUUAUCCAAAUAAGUAUGGCAAACCUUCCAGUAAUGGACAAGAUUAUCUAAACAGGUAUGCAAAACCAUCAAACGUGCAACAAGAUUAUCAGAAGGACUCUGAAAAUAAUUAUGGCAGGCCUUCCAGUAACCAGCAAGUUUAUCCAAGUGAUUCUGCGAAUAGACCCACCGCUUGGCCAAGCGUUUCUUUUGACCAACUGACAAAUGAUCAACAUUAUAGACCUCAUCAAGAAGCAAAUAGAGAGCCAACAGAGAUUGAUUAUGGCCCGAGUUAUCAAACUGAGUCUCCCAUUAGACCUGCCACAAGCCUAAAUAACAAAGGAAGCACCAUCAAUCCCAACACCGUGUACACAAGUUCCUCUGCAAGACCUGUUACGAGCGACGAGGAGUCUGACGGAUCUCGUAACACAGUGUCUCACUCGACUCCUAUUUACAGGCCCGCGCAGCAGAUUAGCGAUCAUCUAGCGAGCAAGCCGGGGAAUUUUUAUCAAACUGUCAAGCCAUCGAGGAUCCACAGCGUGACAAUUGUGACGGGAUCGAGCGAAGGCGAACGUGACACCGACCGGAUAGAGAAUCGAGUUACCAGCGAGAUUCCGAGACCGUUGGCUCACCAGGCAGGUAACAACAGAGUGAGGAAACCUGGUCAGUAUUAUUACGAAAAGAACGUGUUGCAUCGGUAUCCGGAUAUGGUGGAGGAUCAGACGGGCUAUAGCGUCGAACAGAGGCACAAAACAACGAGCAACGAGACGUUGAUCGAUGGAAUCCUUAGCGAGACUUCCGUGAGGAAUCACCAGGUUAUCGAUGGAAAUCGGAACGAUACAGACGUCGAGAUAAUGGAUCACACGAUAAAUGAAUCGUUCGAUGGUGUAACAGGGGAUGACGCGGCUGAAGACUCUGAUGACACGUUGUCGGAAGAGAUUGAAGCUAUCUCCAGCAACGGAACGAGUUGGCUGAAUCCACAAGAGGACAAAAGUCUACCAUCAGUUCUGGAAAUGCCAAAAAUCCCAUCAAACAAAAUCACUGCCGCCAAGGAACUACCAAAACCCAUAAAGCUCAGAAAUUACGCCUUUUAACAAUAAGUCCUCUCACUAUCUCCAUUUCUCGAUAUCAAUGGCUCUUUCAUUUCUACAUCCGUCGUUCCAUUUAUUGUUAGUUUGUUACGUGAUCCUCGCGAGUUAAAGAACGUGUAAUUAACUUAAUUUUAAAAGUAGAUCGUUACUUAUUUAUUAUUGCUUUAGAAAGAUUUUUACCAUGUAAAGAGAGUCACUUGUAGAUGAGUAAUUUAGCUCUUAAUCAUCGAGAGUGAACCUGUUUCAUCUGUAAUUUUCUCCUAGACCAGACUUUUAUUCAAAAUUUUGUUUUUUUACUAUUUCUCCAUCGAGAGCUUAUAAUUUUGUGUAGUUCAAAAAAAUUGAAAUACAGUAGACUUGUUACAUGA